UGAAUGUCUGCGUGUGUCACACACAAGUGGCGAUGCUCGGUCGUAUCAGCUUCAAUCAGCUUGGUUUACACGAUCUGUUUUGUUAACGUCGAGCCUCCGUCAAUAUUCCGAAUCCUAUGAAGAAAAUCGCACCUGAAAUUCCUUCUAACCCCGAAUUCCAAUAAACCCCGUGGGACCUGUGUCUACGUAUCGUAACAAGUUUUGUAUAAUGCUGAUCGCGAUACGCGUGAUACCUACGGAUGGAUAGAUGCGUAUAGAUACAGGGUCGAUCUGUGGAAUGGAUGCUUAAUAAGUUACGUUCCGCGUUGCUUUUCCCGAACGCUUUUCGACAGUCGCUGAAUUACUGCGGUUUUGGAUAGAAAGCGAGUAUUCGAAGGUAUCUUAAACACAGUCUCUUCUGAUCAUGGAAUCGAACGACAGGAAAAAUGUGUACCUCACGAAAACAGGAGACAACUCGUUAAACACUGGAAUGAGAGAGACUAUGAUAGUCGGUCAAACGAACAUGACACAAGAAUGCGGAGAGCCCGUAAUGAAACCUGGGAACGUGUCCAGCGUUUCGAACAACCAGGUAAAGUGGUCGAAUACUCAGAGUAAAAAUUUUAUCAUUAACGCUGUCCCAGUGAAGAACGAAAUCGUUCACUUGGAGGACGGAGCGCACUGCAAUAAGAAAAUGUAUUAUUACGAUAGACAUUACACCGGGCACGAGGAAACAGAGAGACCGACGCGCAGGGGAACGAAACGGUACAGAGAUAAAGACGCACCUAAAAGAGCGUUGUCUGCUUUCUUCUAUUUCUGCCAAGAGCUACGCGGCAAGAUGAGGGAACUGCAUCCGGAGAUGGGCGUGGGCGAUAUCGCCAAAGAGCUGGGCAAACUGUGGAUGAGCACGGAUCUCCAGACUAAGUCGAAGUACAUGGCAAUAGCAGAGGAGGACAGGGCCAGAUACGAAAGAGAAAUCAUUGCGUACAACAAGAGAGUAAAAAAUUACGACCCCGAGGAAGUUGGAACCGUAUAAGUUUCUCGACUCUAUUAAAAAGGAAACAAGGGACGGUGUACUUUGUCCUGGAAAGCACUCGCCAAUUAUAAAAAAUGUAUAACAAUUUUACUAAUAGUUUUUAGCAUUCGUUGUAUAUAUUAUGUACACUGUUGACGCGAUCAUCAAAAGGAAUUAUCAAUCGGGCUCAUUAAAUUGUUUAGUUGCAAUAGAAUCUGAUUCUCAAGUGAGAACUUCCCUCGAUCGUUGCCCCCACGCGUUUAUUUUAUAUAACAUUGGAUACUACUUUCUGUGAAUAACGUGUGCUAAUAUAUUUACAACCGAUACCUAAUACAAUAAUAAUAAUAUUAAUAUCGAGAUUAGAAUUAUAACUGAAAAUUAUCCUGGUAUUAAUAAUAAUAAUAAUAAUAAUGUUAUUAUUAAUGAUGAUAAUCUAUAUUGCUAUUGAAACAUGUUAUACACGAAGCACAAUAGCGAGUAAAAGUCAAGCAGAGUGAGCUUUGUACAGUGCACUUUUCUUGAUUAUGCAUUAUUCAUGUUUAUAAAAACUAGACACCAGGGACUUAUUUAUAUGGAACACCCUGCGUAGGACACAUAUUCCAUGUAUUUUGUUCUCUUUUCCAAUAAAUAUAAAAAUCAUUUAAACCAUU